GAUUACCGGAACAAAGCGAGACUUUCUGCAGGUCGUGACGUUGUUUAGGGCGGAAAUAUAUACCGGGCGAGGGCGGAAGUGAAUGGCUACCUAGUGUUUCCAUUGAAAGAGCAGCCAUGGAACCGGGAUCUGUUUUGAUUGAAACAAAUGUCGAGGAGAGAUGUUUGGCGAACCCAGAAGUGAUAGAGUCAGACAGUGGAGUUUACACCCGAUUUAUGAAGAACCACAAAUGUUACGAUCUCAUCCCUAUCAGUUCCAAAUUGGUUGUGUUCGACACUUCCUUGCAGGUAAAGAAAGCCUUCUUUGCUCUUGUGAGCAAUGGAGUGAGAGCCGCUCCUCUUUGGGACUGCAAGAAACAAAGCUUUGUAGGCAUGCUGACCAUCACAGACUUCAUUAAUAUCCUCCAUCGCUACUACAAAUCUUCCAUGGUGCAGAUUUAUGAGCUGGAAGAGCACAAGAUUGAAACAUGGAGAGAAGUGUAUUUACAAGAUUCAUUUAAGCCUCUGGUCAGCAUAUCUCCCAAUGCCAGUUUAUUUGAUGCAGUGUCAUCGCUGAUUAAGAAUCGUAUUCACCGUUUGCCGGUCAUCUCUCCAGAGUCUGGAAAUACCUUGUACAUCUUAACACACAAGCGGAUCCUUAAGUUCCUCAAGCUUUUUAUGUCUGAGCUGGAGAAACCUGCCUUUGUAAAUAAAACCUUAAAAGAGCUGCGUAUUGGAACGUAUGACAAUAUUGCUCUAGUUCAUCCCAACACUCCAGUCUAUGUUGCAUUGGGUAUCUUUGUUCAGCGGCGUGUAUCUGCUUUGCCUGUUGUUGAUGAAUCUGGGCGUGUGGUUGAUAUUUAUUCCAAGUUUGAUGUCAUUAAUUUGGCAGCUGAGAAGACCUAUAAUAAUUUGGAUAUAACCGUGACGAAAGCUCUGGGGCAUCGUUCUCAUUACUUUGAAGGUGUGCUGAAAUGCUACCAGCAUGAAACUUUGGAAACCAUCAUCAACCGCCUAGUAGAGGCAGAGGUGCAUAGGCUGGUUGUGGUGGAUGGGAAUGAUGUAGCAAAAGGAAUUGUUUCCCUUUCCGACAUUUUGCAGUGUCUGGUGCUGACGGCUGGAGGUGAAAGAAGUCUUGAAUCUUUGUGAGCCUCACAAGAGAACUUUAAAACCUCCACAAUAUUCAUGCAGCACUGAGUCAUAAAGACAGAAUAUAACCACAGUUUAGCAAUGUAUGAUUAAUGCUAUGUUAUAUUGUAAAAAAGAUCCCAAACUGUGCAAUACAUACAUCUAUUAUAAAUGAAUUAUUAUUCAGCAAUAUAUUAACCUCCUCCAGGGGAGAUCAGUAUCAGAAGCCCGCCAAGGUCCAGGUUACUGUUUACUACGGCCUUUGUGGCAUCAUUGGCUAGCAGUGUUUCAUUGCAGGUUACAGCAUAAAUUAAGAUAAUGGAAUAUAGUGGAGUAAGAUUUUCUAUACUUCACCUAAUUGUCUACUUGAGUGUUGACAAAAUCUCAUGUGUCUCUUUUCACUAAUGUCACAAAGCCAAAGGCUUGCUGCAUGGUUAAACUUUAGGCUCUGAGAGAUAUAUCAUUUCCCACAAUGCUUUGUGGGAGGCUGUUUUUUUUUGUUUUAGCUGGGCUGACUGAAGUAUCACAUGUCACUUUCUGAGAUCCAUUUUUUAUUUCCACGGAAUGUGUAUAAGAUCUUGAUGUAGCUAUAACUUUGGAGUCAGUUCGACUUCCAUUUCUUUAAACCAAAAAGCAGAACCCCUUUCCUUCACACAAAGUAGCGUGCUCAGGAGUUUUACUAAUUAGAUAAAUUUCCUAUGCAUCCAUCCAAGGGCAUGGUGUCCAACUAAUUGUAUAAAAUGAAUAAACAUUUCACUUUUCUUA